CACAAUUAAGUCGGGUCUUCUCCGACAAGAACACACCAUAGCCUAGUCAAGGAGCCACCACCACACAUACUCUUCCCUCUUCACUCAAAUCUCCCUCCAUAGCCGGCCAUGAAGCGGGAUCAGCUCUCCGAAUGCGGCGGUUGCGGAACCCCGGAGCGGUUCUUCCUCCACAACCUCCGCCACAGGGCCAGCUACCGACGCCUCUGCACCAACUGCAUCCUCAAGAACCACCAGGGCCUUUUCUGUCCCAUUUGCCUCGAAGUCUUCAACGAGCCCCCUCCGCCUCACCAACGCCUCAUCUGCGUCAAAUGCCCUUCCGUUUCCCACUUCUCCUGCUCCUGCUCCUCCUCCUCUUCCCUCUCCCAAUCCUUCACUUGUCCCCCUUGCUCCAACCCUAAUUUCUCCUUCUUCAAUCUCACCAACAAGAAACCCAAGUCAACGCCGGAUCAUCCCGGAGGAUCCACCCCCGAAGACGACGAUAACGACAACAACCCGUCGGCGAAAACGAGGGUUAUGGACAAGGAAACUGCUAAAGCUCUUCUAGCUGCUGCUAAGAUUGCUGCCGUCUCCAUGACCAAAGCUGCCACCGUUGCUAAAACGGAGGCUGAACGGAGAGUCAAAGAGGCUACUUUGGCGAAGAAGAGAGCCAAAGAGGGUCUCGAGAGACUCGCCUUGUUGGCCCGUAAGGACAUUGAUAGACAUAAAUCGUCACUUUUAAGCACUCCCAAAUCUAGAGUUGAUGCUGCCGCUAAAACAAGCUCUUUAUCUCUUCCUUCUCAUAUUCCUGAAAAGGGAAAUAAUGGUGGGUCGUAUUCUGUUUCUGCUGCUAAUGUACCCAAGUUGCAGCUUCAGCAUAGCACUCAUGGUAUUCCUAAUUAAUCCAUUGGUGAGAUUCCAACAAUCUUUGUAAAACUGUUUGUUUUUUGUUGGUAUGUUUAGCCUGAUGUUUAUGGAACCAUUAUGUCGAAUCUUUGUAGAGAUGAUUUAGGAAGCGAGUAACCUGUUUAUUUGUACUCAGCAUUUUGUUUGUACUCCAUUGUAGCUUUCUCUACUUCCCUGUAAGUAUUUUCAUGAAGCUCGUUGUUUAUGUUUAUUUGCUUCCUUGUUUCCCUCCUUAUUCCCCAAAACCAAACUUUCUGGAUCCCUGCUCUAAUUAAGCUUAUAUGCCCAUUUAAGUUAUUUGGCAAGAGGUUCAGCCUAGGAAACGCCUGCUUACAAGGGAAAAAAAGGUCAAAAAUUGUCUUCGGAUGCUUUGCAUCCUCGGAUAUGUCCAUUAUUAAUGCAUG